AUGUCAACGGGUGAAAGUGAAACUGUGUCUGUUUCUGUGGAGGCACCUGAAAAGUAUUGCGCUGCCUGGAAUCAUCAAGAAACCAAUGGAUUCGAGGCAAUUAAGGAUGAUUGGAUAGAUAAAGGUAAAGAAAAGAUCAAGGAGUUCGCCAAGGACUUAAAGAAAUUCGAGAAGUACUCCAGAAUAGUUAAAUGGGACGCUGUGCAGCAUUUCGUUCCCGCUGUUCCCGUCAAAGAGAAGGAAGUUAAUAACACUCUCGAUACCCCUGUCAAGGAGAAAAAAGAUGAAGAGAUGUCCACGACGAAAGCGAUGGGUGUCCAGAAAAAGAAGAAAAAGAGAGUCAUGAAGGAUUCCGAGAAGGAACCCAAAAAGAGAUCAAAGACUGACAUCCCUAUAACCAAGUCAGCAGCACAAGGUGAGAAGACUAUUCCCCCAGUGAUUGAGAGAGCUAGAGUGGCAGAGGAGUCUGGGCCAAGCAAGAAGCCAUCUGCCAUGGACAAGUGCAAAGGUCCUCUCGAAGGGGAGGCAACCAUCAUGCCUUCCCAUCUGUUCGAGGGUGGGCCAACCAUGGCUGUUCACACCUUUGGCGAACCACCGAUAAUUGACUAUCCUUUGCUGGAAGAACUCAUCGCACAACUAACAGAGACCGAUAGCGUGAGGCUGAUAAUGGCUAUCGAGGAAGUUAACAUGGCUGCCACGCAGUAUAGAGGCCACGGAGUUGCCGUCGCAGGUCUUAAGAGGCUCAAGGGGAACAGACCCAUCAAGGCCAAGUGGUUCAAGCAAUUCUUGAGGGAAAAUCUGAAGAAGAUAAUGCAUGAGGCACUGGUAAAGGUUCUUACCAAGCUUAGAGUCAAGCAGGUGCCCCUGUGGGAGGCCUUGUGCGGGUCUCUUGCUAAGAUGAGCACUCCUGAAGAUAUCACUACUUUUCCUGGUGAUUCUGCUACAAUCUUAUCCAAGGGGCCUAGCGAAGAGCAGCCAAUUCCAGACGUGCCGGAUGAGUAUAUUGGCAUCGAGCUCGAGGAUGACGAUGACGAGGCCUCAAAGGAGGGGGAAACUGGCAACUCAGGGGCCAAGGGAGAUGAUCCUCCAGCUGAAGAUGCUACCGGCAGAGCCAAGAAGAAUGAUCCUCCAACCAAGGGAGCCUCUGAGAAUCGUCCCUCUCACGAAGCUGAUAGUUGGCCUGUUCAUCGAAUUAACCUUAUGAUUUUGUCAGGGGAACAAUCCAAGGAUCUAUACUCGAUGAUUAGCAACAUCAUGAGGAGGAGAGCCGAUAUUCACAUCAUUGAAAUAGUAAUGAGCCCGGAGGCAGACAUCCUUGAUGCCAUUCGAGCCCACAAUGUGAGGGUUAGCCAACAUUUGAUUGAUGAGAUCAAAGGGCUUCGUGAGGAGACGCAUCAACGCGACUAUCAAAAAGACUAG